AUGAUCCAUUACUGCAAAACAAUAGGUGCUGACGAAGGUGCUGACGAAGUAUCUAGCAUAGGAGAAGUAGCGGAAGCAUCUGACGGAGGAUCUGUCAAAGAAUUAGGACUCACCGAAGGCAAAUCACUCACCGAAGGCAAAUCAACAUGUGGAGACAUUGGAGGAAACGGAUCAACAGCGGAAUGGGUGAGAUCCACCACAUCAGGAGGAACUGUAGAAGGUUGCGAUAAUGAUCCGGUGAUUAACCAAAGAACCCCUUUGGUUCCUGUUAAACUCAGCAUUCAUCUUGGUGGUCAAACCUUGUGGGUAGAUUGUGAUCAAGGCUAUGUUAGCUCGACGUAUUGGUCUGCUAUCUGCGGAUCACCUGAAUGCAAGAUUGCUAAGCCUAACACUUGUAGCAACUGCACUUUCAAUCAUCCAAGGCCAGGUUGUAAUUUGAAUGACUGUUUAAACACCCCUGGAAAUCCUUUCAUUCACACUUUAUACGAUGGUGGUGAAAUCGCUGUUGACGCGUUAUCCAUCCAAUCCACUGAUGGAGUCAAUCCAGGACCAGUUGUUAAGGUGCCAAACUUCAUCUUCACCUGUGUUCCAUCUUUUCUAGCUGAAGGUCUUGCUAGUGGAGUUAAAGGCACUGCUGGUUUGGGAAGGAAUGAUAUAGCGCUGCCGUCCCAACUCGCUCGCGUGUUUGGAUACCCAAAGAAAUUCGCGGUAUGUUUAAGCUCUUCCACAAGUUCUAGAGGUGUUGUAAUUCUUGGGGAUGGUCCUUAUAUCAUGUUGCCAAAUAUUAACAUCUCCAAAAAAAAUCUUAUCUAUACUCCAUUGCUCAUUAACAAAGUUGGAACUGGAUAUGUGCCUUACUUAAAUGAGCCUUCAUCUGAGUACUUCAUUGGAGUAAAGGCUAUCAAUAUCAGCCGUAAAUCAGUGCCAAUCAACAAGAAACUGUUGGCCAUUGACAAGAAUGGCUUUGGUGGAACCAAAAUCAGUACUGGAAAGCCUUACACAGUUAUGCAAACUUCAAUCUACAAUGCAGUAUCAAAGGCUUUCGCUGAAGCGCUCGCUAAAGUCCCUAAGGUGCCCCCGGUAGCGCCUUUUGGUACAUGUUACAGCUCUAAAAGGAUCGGUAGCACGCGUGUCGGACCUGCUGUUCCUUCCAUUGAUCUCAUUUUGCAGACACAGAGAGUGUUGUGGAGAAUCUUUGGUGCAAACUCAACGGUGCAAGUAAACCAAGAUGUUAUCUGCCUUGGUAUUGUGGAUGGAGGUUCUAGUCCAAUGACCUCAAUCGUCAUUGGUGGUCAUCAGAUCGAAGACAAUUUACUACAGUUUGAUAUUCCAAAUUCAAGGCUUGGAUUCAGUUCUUCACUCCUGUUUCGUAAAACAACGUGUGCCAACUUCAACUUCACUUCUCGAGCUUGA